AUGGUCUAUCCCGCAAGCGCUCAUGUCCUCACGACAUUCCGCGAACUGUUGAAGCUCCUUCCCACUACCGAAAAGGCUCAACCACAAAUUCUACUGUUAGCAGGAGAAGUUACGCCUUUUAGAAAUGACACAGAUAGGGAGCAAGUUUUCCGACAAGAAUCCAAUUUCUUUUAUCUUUCAGGAUGUAUCGUCCCAUCUUCAUAUCUUCUCAUAGCCUUCCAGGAUGGUACUGGCCUUUCCCAGAAACCUUCAGUCGAGCUGUUCAUUCCAAAGGCUGAACUCGCCGAUAUGAUGUGGUCUGUUCCACCUCCCUCUCUGGAGGCUGCGAGCCGGACACACGACGUAACAAAGAUAGAUCAUCCUGGGGCCAUUCCAGAUGCUAUCAGGACAUUACUGAAGGCUUUUCCUGAUGCAUUGUUCCACACUCUUCCUCGAGGGUCUCCUCUAUUUCCUGCCAUCCCACCAGAAUUUACCGACCUUGUGAUGUCAUCCGAUAGUAAGAAUGCUGCUAUUAGUGACUUGUUCCUCCUUCCAGCCUUACACCAAGCCCGACUCUUCAAAGAUGAACAUGAGAUUUCUUUGAUUCGUAAAGCCAACGAGAUCAGCUCGCGAGCUCAUGAAGUGGUCAUGCGGGUUCUGGGGAAGGCUGUCAAAGGAGCUAUCGAGCGUGGUCCCGGGGCAGGCGUAGAUCGACCAUUACUCCCAGGCGAAUGGCUUAUCGAGAAGGAAGCUGAAGCUGAAGCUAUAUUUGUCGCUUCUUGUCGGAGAGAAGGUGCCGUUCACCAAGCUUAUUUGCCUAUCGUGGCAGCGACUACGCGUGCUUCCACGCUCCACUAUUGCUGCAACGAUCGUGAAUUCGCAUGGGGACCCGUACAACCACACGAUCAUCAAAAUCGCAACGAAUUCGCCCACGGAGGUGCGCGCCAGCUGAAUCCGCAGGUCCUGCUCAUCGACGCUGGCUGCGAAUGGAAUUGCUAUGCAUCCGAUAUUACCCGUACAAUGCCUGUUGGUAAUGGAGGAAAGUUUACCCCAGAGGCACGGGCAAUUUAUGAAUUGGUUCUGGAAAUGCAGAAGGUCGUAGCGAUGGACAUGAUCAAACCUGGAAUACAUUGGGAUGCAAUACAACUCAUGUGCCACCGAAUCCUCGUCAAAGGUUUUCAACGCCUAGGUAUCUUCAAGUCACCCUCUCCUUCAGCCAUUUCCUCAACCGCACCCGCUGGUGAUGAUACUUGGGACCCCGAACAUGACGAGGAGAAAAUUCUUGCUUCGGGCAUCAGCUCGGCGUUCUUCCCUCAUGGUCUGGGUCACAGCCUGGGUAUGGAUGUGCAUGACGUACCGAGCGCCAGCAAACCCAUUCCUAAUACAACACUGAACAAAGGCGUUCCAAUUGGGCACGAAAGUUUCUACACAUAUUUGAGGCUGAGGCUGCCAUUACAGAAGAAUAUGGUUGUGACCGUGGAGCCGGGGUGCUACUUCUCACCCCAUCUCAUAGCUCCUGUUCGUGACUCAAAACACAUCGAUCAAGAGGUACUGAAGAAAUACGAAAGUGUCGGGGGAGUGCGGAUUGAGGAUGUCGUCCUUAUUACAGAAGAUGGAUAUGACAACCUUACGACUGUACGAAGUGAUACGGAAUGGGUGGAGGGUAUUUGUUCAGGCGCUUUAUGA